AUGCUGGAGACAUCCACUCGGAUGUCUACAGUAAUCCCGGACCGACUGUGGUCAGAGCUAACUGAGGCUUUAAUUUUACUAAUAUUCGAUGCAGCGUACAUCCUAGUGGCAAUUUUCAUGAUCUACAAGCUAUGGAAACUGAAUCGAGUCAAGCAACCAAUGACACCUAGUGGUCAAUCGGGGACCAACAAAUCAUUUCUAUUAUUCAAGAAAAGUCUAUUUGUCAGUGACUGCAUGAUUAUGUGGGUGUACGCGUUUAUCAAAGCUAUCUGGCUGCUCCAAUUUGAAUGGAAAUAUGGUUCCGUGAUGUGCAAACUCUAUCGUUUUACAUCUUCCGUUGCCUUCUUUUCCAACUCUAACAUUGUUUGUGGAAUCGCUCUGGAUAGAUAUCUCUCUGUCUACAGUAACCACAUUAUUGGCGUUCGCCAACAUGAACGAACCAAGAGAUUAUUGUAUCUUGUCUGGAUAAUUGCCAUAAUCGCCGCGCUGCCUCAGCUGAUCGUCUGGGAAACGUACCGUCCUAGUUCGGAAGAUUGGGAGCAGUGUGUCACAGUGUUUGCAAUUGAGAUUCAUGAGCUACCGGCAGAAUCAGCGCGGCGGGAUAAAUUCAAUUUCUAUUCAAUGUUAUAUGAGGCAUAUCAUCAGUGUAUGGCUUUCUGGCUCCCACUGAGCAUCACAUUCUGCUCGUACGCUCGUAUGAUGAGCCGGCUAAUUCCAUUUUGGCCAUUCAGUGCGUUAAACUCAUAUGAAGAUGAACGUCAGGAAACACUGUGCACAAUAUUCUGGGGCAAAAUCACCGACCGGAUUAGGACCUUCGUUUGUGUCACCAUCUUCCGCCACAAAAGCCAUGCUUCCCAGCAAUCCGCAAGUGUCCCACUGGCUGGUACGACACGUCACCCGCCAACAACGGCGCUGCGGCGACAGCUAGGAACUACUGUAUUCAAGAAUGCGUGUGCCAUUAUUUUUGUUCACGUGGUUCUCUGGCUUCCAUAUAAUAUUCUGAGUUUGUCGAGAUUCGUCAAUGAAGGAUUCUACGAAUCGAUAUCUCAAAAUGGGGGCAACCUGUUUGAACUUCUCAUUCUUCUCAACUCAUUCAUAAACCCAAUUCUGUACUCGGGUGGAUCAAACACUGUACAUCGUGUAUAA